AUGUCGGGCGCGAAGAUGACCAAGGCCGAGCUUCAGAAGCGACUCCAGAUGCUGGGAGAAACUCCCCCAGCUGGCUGGACCAAGGUGCAGCUCGCCUCGAGGCUCGCCGAGAUCUCCGAGGAGAGCGAGACAACACUCUCCGAGCGCGAUGCAGCGAAGAUGGUGAACAAGUGCAAGACCAAGGUGGCGUUGCAGGAGCUCCUGACAGAACACCAGGUGUACUACACCAAGCACCAGAACUCCGAUCAGCUGAAGAGUUCCAUGCUCAAGUACCUCAUGGAGAACAAGGUUCCUGCCUCGGAAAACAACUACAUGGGGUUUGGGAAGCACUCCCAGUUGACGUACGGGGAGACUCUGGUGUUCAUGCCAGCCUAUGUGGAGUGGUGUGUGACCACAGCGGCCGAAGAGCCCGAAUGCCACUGGAGACUUCGCCGCUUUGCCCGCUGGGUACAAGGCCUAGGGGAAGGAGAGAAGAAGGAGAUCACGAAGCGGAUCCAGAUCGAGCAUCAUGGGAGCCCUCCCAAGAAGAGCUAUGCAGCGACCUCAGCGAGCAGCUCCACAACCAACAACGAGAACAAGUGGGAGAUGGUCAGCGACCUCGAGAUGAUUCCAGCGGAGGCCAACGACCAAUCCUCGAAGAUUCGCGAGCUGGAGAACGAGCUGAGACAGCUGCGGGACAUGAUUCAGGCGAAGACGGAGACCGACAAGGAACUGUCGAGUGCCCGCAAGAAGGCCAACCGCAACGACGAGCUCUAG